CAGAAGGGGGAUCAGGUGGAUCAGAGCCUGCACAGAUGUUGCUCCUGUCUCUUUAAGAAUACCUCCUUAUAUUGGCGAAGGUUUCGUAGCGGAGAUAUGUUUACUCAGUUCAGCAUGUGCGUCAGUUGACAUUCGUAAACUGGUCAUCUCUUAUUCCAGAAACAGGGCACACAUACAGAGAUUCGAGCGGGACCGCAACUUCUCAGACGAAGCUGUCUUGUUUGUAUUUUAGAGAAGAUUAAUAUAUUUACGUAUCGAUUUCUUGUUUUAUGGUAGAAUGACUUGCUGAGGACGUUUCGCUACAAGAUGAUUUCAUUAUGAUUUUGCGUGCAUGUGUUGGGGCGAAGUGAUGUUACAAUAUAUUUCUUCAGGCGAAAUUGUCAUGGUGUCUGGAGAGCUGUUGUCAAAGUUCGGCGGGGCGAUUUUAACCGCUUGAAAAAAUCCAACUGAGCUCGUAGUAAGCACUAGUUGUUUACCUCUUUGAUACAUUUGGAUACUGAAUGUGACAGAGGGUUGAAAAUCAGUUUGGCCAUAGACCAACCUGUCACCACGCAAAAAUGACAAACUACAAGAAUAUGGAGAAACAUAGCACCCAUGUCCUGCUAUUGACAGUAUCAAUCAUCUGUACCGCCUCAGGGUCCCGGGCACGUUUUGAGGACAGCCCACCUUGGAUCGUGGAGGACCCAUCUGACCUGAUCGUGUCCAAGGGGGAGCCCGCCACCCUUAACUGCAAGGCAGAGGGGAGGCCUAACCCCACUGUGGAGUGGUACAAGGACGGUGAGCGGGUGGAAACGGACCGGGAUGACCCUCGGUCUCACCGCAUGCUCCUUCCCAGCGGCUCCCUCUUCUUCCUGCGUAUCGUCCACGGACGACGCUCUAAACCAGACGAGGGCGUCUACACCUGUGUGGCACGUAACUACCUAGGAGAGGCUGUCAGUCACAACGCUUCGCUGGAAGUAGCCAUCCUGAGGGAUGACUUCCGCCAGGCCCCCAGUGAUGUGGUGGUGGCAGCCGGUGAGCCAGCGGUCCUGGAGUGUGUUCCCCCCCGCGGUCACCCUGAGCCCACCGUCUCCUGGAAGAGGAACAACGCCCGCGUCAGCAACAAGGAUGACCGCAUCUCUAUGCUUGGGGGCAAGCUGAUGAUCUCCCACACCAGGAAGAGUGAUGCUGGCAUGUAUGUGUGUGUGGGCACCAAUGUGGUGGGAGAGAGGGACAGUGAUCCUGCUGAGUUGGUGGUGUAUGAGCGUCCUGUGCUGAUGCGGAGGCCGGUGAACCAGGUGGUGAUGGAGGAAGAGACCAUUGACUUCCUGUGUGAGGUACAUGGAGACCCCGCUCCCACGGUACGCUGGCGCCGAGAGCAGGCAGAUCUCCCCCGCGGGAGGUUUGAGAUCCUCAGUGACAACAGCCUGCGUCUGACCGGGGUGAGAGAGGAGGACGAGGGAACUUAUACCUGUAUGUCUGAGAACAGCGUGGGCAAGACGGAGGCAUCAGCCAUGCUACAGGUCCAUGUGCCCCCACAGAUCGCCAUUAACCCCCGGGACCAGAUCUCGGCUCAGGGGCGCAGUGUCACCUUCCGCUGUGGCACCAGAGGAAACCCCUCACCUGCCAUCUUCUGGAAGAAAGAAGGAAGCCAGAUGCUGCUGUCUCCUGGCCAGCACUUCUCCCAGUCCGGCCGCUACUCUGUGUCCAUGAGUGGAGAGCUGUCCAUCACCGACGUGCACCCAGAGGAUUCUGGGUAUUAUAUCUGCCAGGCCAUCAGUGUAGCAGGAAGUGUCCUGACCAAAGCCCUGCUGGAGGUGGAAGGGGGUCCUUCACACCGUGUUCCACCAAUAAUCCGCCAAGGCCCAGCCAAUCAGACGUUGGCUCUAGGGUCCGUUGCCCAGUUUCACUGUCAUGCGAUUGGUGGACCCUCACUAAGGAUCGGGUGGGAAAAGGACGGGAAGAAGAUUGUGGAGGACGACCCCCGCAUAAACCUGAUGGAGAACGGGACACUGCAGAUCACUAAUGUUGAGGAUACGGAUUCGGGAAUGUACACGUGUGUGGUGUCCAGCGCCACGGGCGAGUCGAGCUGGAGUGGGACACUCACCAUGAGAGAGGAUGGAGCCCCUGGGUCAUCAGUUCCCCGGGUGUCAGAGUCCAUCCAGCUGCCAGGGCCACCCCAGAAGCCUGUGGUGACGGAGGUGACCAGGGGCACAGUCACCCUCACCUGGCAGUCCAACCCCCACGAGGGUGGGGCCGCUGUGACCUCCUACAUCAUCGAGGCCUUUAGCCAAUCUGUUGGCAGUGUGUGGCAGACGGUAGCUGACCGCGUGAAACAGGAGAAGCACACGGUCAUUGGCCUGUACCCAAACACUGUCUACCUGUUCAUCGUCCGAGCGGUCAACUCCUACGGUCUGAGUGACCCCAGCCCCAUCUCUGAACCCAUCAGGACACAGGAUGGGAGUCCUACAGAGCAGGGGGUGGACCACAGACAGGUGCAGAGAGAACUAGGGGAGGUGUCUGUCUACCUACAGAAGCCUGUGGUCCUAUCACCCACCAGUGCCCAGGUCUCCUGGACUGUGGCGCGUCAGUCUCAGUAUGUGCAGGGCUACAGGCUGCUUUACCGCUCCACUGGCAGCGUCUGGUUGGUCCAGGAUGUGAAGGCGGGGCCUGAGCUUAGCACUGUCCUAUCAGACCUGCGCACGGACACAGAGUAUGAGGUGAAGGUCCUUCCCUACUUCAACGAGCUACAGGGACUGGACAGCCCCCUGGUGCUGCUACACACCCCUGAGGAAGUGUUGAGUGCUCCCCCGCAGGCUGUGUCAGUGGUCCAGCUCAGCAACAGCUCCAGCAUCCGUGUCUCCUGGGAGCCUCCCUCUGACGUUCAGAGUGGUACAGUCCUGGAGUACAAGGUCUGGUGCCUGGGAAGUGACUCUGAGAUGAAGACAGAGAGCCAUAUCAACAGGACAGUGGAUGGAGCAGCAUUGUCCAUCCUACUGACUGGGCUGCUACCAGACCUCCAGUACAAUGUGAUGGUGGCUGCAGUCACCAUCUUGGGAGUUGGUGAACACAGCCCACCUAUAGACCUGGUCCUCACCCUGUCACUGGACAUGCCUUCAGACCGUCUGCUGAAAGACAGCAGCCUCAGUCUAUCAGAGCAGAUCACGGGUGUGGUCUGCCAACCAGCGUUCAUCGCUGGGUUGGGUGUGGCUCCGUGGCUGGUGCUCAUGGGCUUCAGUGGUUGGCUGUACUGUCGCCACCGCAGGAGGAAGGAGCUGGGACACUACACCACAUCAUUCGCCUACACACCUGCAGUUGGAUUCGCUCACAGUGAAGGAUCUGGUCUCAGCAAUGGAAGUAGACCAGGGAUGCUGGGCUCCAACAUGGGGAACGUUGCCCAGAAUGGAAAAGACUCAGUCAACUGUUGCUCUGGCAAACUGGACUCUACAGACAGAUACUCCAAUGUUGCCAUCUCCAAUUACCUGAGCCAGUCUGAGAAAUACAGCUCAGUGUCCACUGACAGUCCCAUCUACAGCACCAUCAAUACAGCUGCUGCUGAGGACUUGCAGGGUUUAGCCUACUACAACACAUACUCUAACACCCCCUGCACCCAGGGCUCCAACACCCCCUGCACCCGGGGCUCCAACACCCCCUGCACCCGGGGCUCCAACACCCCCUGCACCCAGGGCCCUGACUCCUAUGCCAGUACCCCCGUCCUCUCCAACUCGGGCCUCUUCGGUCUGGUGCAAGACCUGGACCAGUGGACCAUCCAGUCUGGACAGUCUGUAGAGUACGCCAAGAUGCAGUACGCCAGGACAAGCAAUGCCAAGCUGGUGAAGCAGAGGUCAGUGUGUCCUCCAUUUAAGCCUACACCACUCAACUGGGAGGACGUUCUGUCUCUACCACUGCCUGCUAAUAAAGGAUGUGGUUACACCAAGAGAAAUCAGGAUGAUGGGAGGAACAGUAACUCUGAUGAGGACAGGUAUCCCCCGCUGCCAGCAAGGACUCACCUGAUGGAUGGCUCCAGGCAGGUUUUACCCAGCCUGCCCUCCUUCAGUAGAGAGAAGCUGGCCCAGGACACCACCUCCAGCCUACAGUCCACAGCCACGCUUCCCCCCUCCCCCCAAGAGGAGACACCCCCCCCCAACCCCAACGACAGCCCCCGGCUGCAGCACUUUGACCUGCGGGGCCACUACGAGCCCGGUUCCCAGGUCUCCCAUUCCAACCCCAACCUGUUUGCCAAUAUAGACGUCAGCGGGCCAUACCACACCAGCCAAUGGGGACCAGCUCUCCCCUUCACAGGGGAGAGCUUUACUUCAGAGAGGAGUGGCAGAGGAGGACAAUCUCCUCCUUUCCCGGCUGACUCCUCAUACGCUACGCAGGGACACAGAACCAGAAGCAAGAAGAAAGCCCUCAGGGAGGGCCAGCACCGACGAGAGCUGCAUGACCAAGCAGUCUGUGCAGACCUGCCCCCUCCGCCGGCCCCACCCCCCGCAGCAGAUGACCCCAUGCAGCUCCUGGUUGAUGUGCUGGGCUGUAGCCGGACGCCGUCGGCGGAGAACUCGCCGGCCCUACAGAGGAGAGGAGACUACUCCUCACCCCAGAAGAGAGGGCCUGCCAUGAGGGGCUCACAAGAUGAGGGGGUAAUCCCGUACUGCCCGUCCAGCUUUCUGCCCCGGGGUCAGAUGUCCUGCUACGGUUCCCUUGGUGGAGGGGCCUCCUCGCGGGCUUCAACUGGACAGAGAGGGCCUGGAGUUGCCCAGAGGAGGGACGAGAACCUCAUAUAGCUGGAAGCAGAUUAUGUGAUGUGAAGUUCUCCGCCAUGUUUUUUUUUUAAAGCUUGUUUUGCUGCUUCCAUAUUUGCUGAACUCCAGCCUGUUGCCAUGGUAUCAAAGAGGAGCUGAAGACAAAAGGGAAAGCAUGUAGGCUUGCCACCUGCCUUUUCGAUAUUGGUUCAUAUUUGUGUUUUUUAUCGUUUGAUAAUUUGUAUGUGAUUUUAUGUCCUGCCUCGAUGUAUAUAGACAUCUUAGCAACUUUUUUAAACAGGAUCUUGGAUAAAGAUAAUAUAUUGUAUUUUGAAAAAAAGGAAGGAAAAAGUCUUAAUUACUGUAGAUAUUAUACAACAGAUGUUUGAAAGUAGUUUGUUUACCCUGAAACCCUCGUGAUGUUUGUUUGAUGAAAGGAUAUGAGGCAGAAUCUCUGUUAACAAGACCAUCUGAGAGUGUGUGUUUACAGUUGUUCUCUCUCGCUGUCAUUGUGGCGUAAACCUCCUGCUUCUUCUAAACAGACAUAUCGAUCUUAUCAACACCAGAUGAAAUAGCCUUGUCCUUUCAGUUUGUGAUGCUGAAAAUGUGUGAACCUAUACCCUUGUUGAACACCAAUUGUUAUGUUCUGUCAUCAGUUGAAUGAUUUGUUAAAAAAAUACCAAUAAAACAUUUGUUACUCUAAA